AUGGAAUCGACGGUUCGAAGAAGCGGAGGAGGACUUCUCGAAGGUCUCUACAGAGUCCUCAUGCGACGCAACUCCGUCUACGUCACCUUCGUCGUGGCCGGCGCUUUCCUCGGUGAACGGGCAGUGGACUAUGGAGUACAUAAGCUCUGGGACUACAACAACGUUGGGGUUUUGUAUCCAGCAACCCAACCUACACUAGGGGCAUCCAUCCUUACAUUUCCUGUUCAGAAGCUGAAUUGAGGUUUACGGAGUAAAGAAGAUUUAAAUUCUUGUGGCUAUAGGCUAAAACUGAUUUGGAAUAAAAGAAAAUGGUAGCUAAAAUUCUUGUGCAGCAGGGAAAAUUGAGAUCGGCUGGUAGAAUGGCAGUAGGAGAUGGGAGUUAUUAAGAGUUUGUAUUUUUUCAAAUUUAAAGCAACACUACAACUAACAAUGAAGAAAGGAGUGAAAGAACAAGAAGGAGAAGAUAAAGCAGAGAAUCUUGCUAAAACCCAUGGCGCCACUACAGGACCAAAAAAAUUCCUCCUGAUGACUUGGCAUUUGAUCAUCAGAUUUUUAAAAAUAAUUGGGGAAGGUCGUGUCAUAUUCCAUUUGGAGCUUGAGAUAUAAGAUUUUUAUUACUAUUUCUGUGAUUUGUUUUUGGGUACAAAGCUUCUUGUGCAUAAAAUUAACCACUGUACAUGAGCAGCAUACAUGUG